UCAGCGGGACUAGGCCGCAGGCCAGAUGUUGAGGGGCCGGGUUGGGCCUUUCCUCCGGCUUUGGGGGUCGUGGCCAGCAGGGGCUCUCGGAAGGAGACUCCCGAGCUGCAAGGCCGCGUCGCUGGCGGCAGGCAACUCCCGCCGGUGCUGGAACUGCGGCGAGGCCGAGGGCGCUGCGCGGGGAGAUGGGUUCUUUUGCCCGCAGUGCCACUCCCUGCAGCCCCCUGACCCCGCUCGGGACCAUUUCAGCCUCUUGGACUGCAAACGUUCCUUCAGAAUUGACACUGGGAAACUCCAGCAUAAGUACCAGCAGUUACAGCGUCUCGUCCACCCAGAUUUCUUCAGCCAGAGAUCUCAGGUAACUGAAAAGGACUUUUCAAAGAAGCAUUCGACCCUGGUGAAUGAUGCCUAUAAGACCCUGCUGGCCCCCCUGAGCAGGGGACUAUACCUUCUAAAGCUCCAUGGAAUAGAGAUUCCUGAAGGAACAGAUAAUGAACUGGACAGACAAUUCCUCCUGGAAAUCAUGGAAAUCAAUGAAAAACUUGCAGAAGCUCAAAGUGAAGCUGCUAUGAAAGAGAUUGAGUCUGUUGUCAGAGCUAAGCAGAAAGAAUUGACUGACAGUGUGAGCAGAGCUUUUGAACAAGAUGAUUUUGAAAAAGCCAAGGAGAUUUUAACAAAGAUGAAAUACUUUUCCAACAUAGAAGAAAAGAUCAAACUAAAGAAGAUUCCCCUCUGAUUUCCUGAUCUAAUUGUACCAUUUUAAAAAUAAAAUUUAAUAUAUUUCUUUUCU